AUCCUUCUCCCCCUUUAUAAUUCCCGAUCACACUUUUUAUCUUCCACGCUAAGAAAAUUCAGGAGGAAGUCCGUGAGUGAGAGCUUCGACUGUGCAAAAUACUGCUAUGGAGCAAGAGAGAGCCGGAUCUCCAUCGCCUCCCCCUCCUCAUCAUGGUGGCCACGCCGGCGGCGGAGAUUUCUCAGCGAUUCUCACAGUCCUAUUCGCCUUCAUUGUCAUCGUGACCAUGGUAGUGAUUCCAUCAUCAACAACCUUAAAGAAUAGCUUGUCUGUUGUGCACCAAGUCCCAGAGGGCCAUGUUGGGGUAUACUGGAGAGGAGGCGCCCUUCUGAAUACGAUUACAGAUCCAGGUUUUCAUCUAAAGAUGCCAUUGAUAACCCACUAUGAACCUGUUCAAGUGGUUCUUCAGACGGAUCAGGUGAGAGAUAUUCCUUGUGGUACUAAAGGUGGUGUCAUGAUCAACUUUGAAAAGAUAGAGGUUGUUAACCGUCUUCGUAAGGAUUAUGUGUAUGAUACACUGCUGAACUAUGGAGUGCACUAUGACAACACAUGGAUAUAUGACAAGAUUCAUCAUGAGAUCAACCAGUUCUGCAGUUCCCACUCUCUUCAGCAAGUCUAUAUUGAUGUGUUUGAUCAAAUUGAUGAAAAGAUGAAAGAUGCUCUCCAGGGUGACUGCACACGUUAUGCUCCAGGUAUUGAAAUUAUCAGUGUGCGUGUUACAAAGCCUACUAUCCCAGAGAGCAUAAGACGCAAUUUUGAACAGAUGGAAGAGGAGCGUACUAAGGUCUUAAUUGCUAUUGAGAGACAAAGAGUAGUUGAGAAAGAGGCAGAGACAAAAAAGAAAAUGGCUAUCAGUGAAGCUGAGAAGAAUGCAAAUGUCAGUAAGAUCAUUAUGGAACAGAAGUUGACUGAAAAGGAAAGUACCAGAAAGCAGCAAGAAAUUGAGAACCAAAUCUACAUGGCUCGGGAAAAGAGUCUGGCGGAUGCCGAUUUCUACCGUGUAAUGAAGGAAGCUGAAGCAAACAAGUUGAAGCUUACUCCGGAAUUUCUUGAGCUUAAAUUCAUCGACGCCAUUGCUGAUAAUACAAAAAUCUUCUUUGGGGAAAAGGUACCUAAUAUGGUUUUGGAUCAGAGGCUGCUUGGGAACUUCCUGAAACAGGUGCCUGUGGACCUGUCAAGAGAGGCGUCUAAGGAGGGGAAUUUUGAAUCUUAAGUAUAGAUCUUCACUUCUAUCAACAUGAUGCAAUGAUUAUAAUAGAUACUGUUAGAAAUAGGUCACACAAGUAGUGAAAAUGAAAACAUUUAUAAUAAAGUUGCUUCAGUUAAAUUUUGUUUUGUUUGAACCAUCUUUUCCCGGCUAGUUUUUCACUCCUGAUGUAAUAAAAAAUCAUGUCUAGUUUCUGGUAUGUAUACAAGCUAGAAACAUUUUGCAGGUUGACGUUCAA